AUGGCCAACAGCGAAGGGAAAGAAGACAAUGAUAUUUUCAAAAUUCACAAAUGGUCAGGUGUCGCGGCCUGGUCUUGGGACAUCAGCGUAGAUAACUGUGCCAUUUGCAGAAACCACAUAAUGGACUUAUGUAUCGAAUGUCAAGCAAAGUUAAACGAAAAUGGUGGAAACGAUAAGGACAAAAAAAUGGACAAGGACAGCUGCACGAUAGCGUGGGGUGUGUGCAAUCAUGCCUUUCACCUUCACUGCAUAUCGAGGUGGAUUAAGGCCAGACAAGUUUGUCCCCUGGAUAACACGCCUUGGGAGUUCCAAAAGGCAUCGAACUGA